AUGCAUUUCAACUCUGUCGCUAUCUGCCUCGGCCUGGCUGGUCUGGCCCAGGCACACAUGGAGAUGAUCUCACCUGCUCCCUUCAAGUCCAAGCAGAACCCUCACGCCGGCAGCGAUGUCGACUACAGCAUGACCGCCCCUCUUGAGGCCAGCGGCGGCAACUUCCCUUGCAAGGGAUACCACUCUCUCUUCGGUACUGAGCAGGGUGCUUCCGUCGCCGACUGGGCCGCUGGCAGCUCCCAGAAGAUGGAGAUUACUGGUGGUGCCAACCACGGUGGUGGCUCUUGCCAGGCUUCUCUGUCCUACGACAAGGGUGAGACCUGGCAGGUCAUCCACUCCUACGUCGGUAACUGUCCCGCUGCUGGAACUUCUUCUUUCGACUUCAAGGUUCCCUCCGACGCUCCCUCCGGCGAGGCCAUCUUUGCCUGGACCUGGUUCAACCAGAUCGGUAACCGUGAGAUGUACAUGAACUGUGCUGCCGUCACCAUCAAGGGUGGCUCCAAGCGCGCUUCUGCUAUGAGCAACCGCCCCGAGAUGUUCGUUGCCAAUGUCGGUAACGGCUGCACCACUGAAGAGGCUUCCGAUCUUGAGUUCCCCAACCCCGGUCCUGAUGUCAGCAACGAGUCCCAGAAGACUGCUGGCCCUAAGGGUUCUUGCGCCAAGGCUGGAUCUGGUGGCGGCUCCGGCUCCGGCUCCGGCUCCGGCGAUGCUGCUCCUAGCGCUCCUGCCGACGGCGGCAACAACGGCGCUGCUCCCAGUGCUCCCGCUGAUGGUGGUAACAACGGUGCUGCUCCCAGCUCUCCCGCCGGCGGCAAUGACGGCUCUUACAACCCCGGAAACGACGGCGCCGGUGCUGCCCCCAGCGCUCCUGCUCCUACCCAGCCUGCUGGUGAUGCCCCUGAUGCGUAUGUAUCCUCACCUUCAUCUGUUAUUGGAACUGUCCCUAACUCACAAAUUUCUAGUCCCGGAGGUGUCUUCAUCACUGUCUCUCAGCCCUCUAAGGCUACUGCCGCUCCUGAAGCUCCCUCUGCUCCUGCCAACGAUGGUGCAGGCUCCAGCACUCUCCUGACCAUGACCAAGCCCGCCGAUACCCAGCCCGCUCCCACCAGCGUUGUUACCCCUGAGCCUGCUCCUGCUGCUCCUACCGCUCCCGCUGCCCCUGAUGCUGGUGCCGGUGCUGGUGGUUCUGGUUCUGAGGAGGCUGCUGGUUCUGCUUGCACUGAGGAGGGUCAAUGGAACUGCAUCGGUGGCUCCAAGUACCAGCGCUGCGCUUCUGGUACAUGGUCUGUCGUCCAGUCCAUGGCCGCUGGCACUACCUGCUCCGGCGAGAAGGCUUCCGCUAUGGCUUUUGGUUUCGGCCGCAAGCUCGCCAUGCGAUUCCGCCGAGCCUAA